AUGACCCUGCAAGAACUGUUGAAUCAAGAAGGGCCGAUGCUGGAACGCACGCCCAGCCGGGAGCGCUCUUCCUUCCAGUACAGGCUGGCCAUGCUCUACCUGUACUACCUGGGGCUCCUGCGCCGGUUCGACCUGAUCUACGACCAGAUGGUGCAGCCUCAGAAGCGCCGGCUGGUCCGGCGCCUGCUGGACGGCGUGGCGGGCCGCGUGCUGGAGCUCAAGGAGGAGAUGGUACAGGUGGACCUCAGCGAGACCCACUGGCUGGACCGCGCGCUGAAGGAUCUCAAGAUGACCCCGGUUCCUGUGCCCAUCAAGAUGAGGAGCGUGGCUAUAUUAUCUCAGGUCUACCACGCAGAGGAGGCCCGGAGAGUCCGCCAGACAGAAAAGGAGGAAGAGUUCAACUUGGCCUUGGGAAAGACUUACGAUUAUGUCAUAAAUAUGGAGGGAUCUGAGAUGAAGGAGGCGAUGAAGGACCAAAUCCGACAGUGGUUCAUCGAGUGCCAUGCCCUUACUGGUCGGUUCCCUGAUUAUCCAGAUGAGUCUUCAGGUGGCUCCAGCCUGAUCUUUGCAGAGAAGACUCCAGAGCAGGUAAGACUGGAGCUGGAGGUGCAGGCCCAGGAGAACAAAAAGAAGGAGCAAGAAAAGAAUAAGGAAAAAGAGAAAAAGGAAAAAGUGAACAAAAAGGAGAAGGAGGAGAGGAAGGAGAAGAAGAAAGAAGGAAAGGGCAAGAAGGAAGCAGAAACAGUCCUGAAAUUGUCACCCUCCAAGUUUGUACCUGUGAUUAGCACUGUUCAUGAGGAGUAUAUGAACCUGUGGAAGAAACACCAUGAGGUUGCACACCCCAGCCAGAGCUACGACUUUGAGAUACUCCAGAAAGAGAGGAAGAAGGAAGUGGAGCAGGAGAUCCGGAUACAGGUGGAUGAGUUGAUGCGGCAGGAGCUGAGGAACUUGCGUCUAGCUGUGGACAGGGAAGAAACCAGAAAUAUAGGGACUCCAAAGGCAAAAAAGGUGGGAAAGAAAGGUGGGAAAAAGAAGAGGAAGGAAAAAGACCUGACUCCCGACAGGACUGUGGACUCACUGUACGAAGAACUCAUCGUUUUCGGCCUUCUAAAGAAGAGUAGGACCGUGGCACUAAAGGACUUCAUUGGCGACUGCGUCUAUCUUGGGUCCAGUCUGAGUUUGGCGAAAAAGCUGCCCACACCAUCCCUGUUUGAUAUACGACAGAACAUUGCCUUGUAUGGGAUCCUUCGCCUGGGCUCCCCAGAGAUACACUCCAUGGCCCCCCUUAUCCGCUCCCUCCUCCUGGUGGGCCCCUCCGGCAUGGGGAAGAAGAUGUUGGUUCAGGCUGUGUGUACGGAAACCGGUGCCAACCUGUUCGACCUGUCACCUAACAACCUGACAGGCAAAUACCCUGGCAAGAAUGGCUCACAGAUGAUAGUGCACCUGGUCUUCAAGGUGGCCCGGCUCCUACAGCCCUCUGUGAUCUGGAUUGGACAAGCAGAGAAGACUUUCUAUAAGAGGAUCCCAAAGGAAGAGAUAAAUAUGGACCCAAAGCGAAUAAAGAAGGACCUCACCAAGGCUCUGCGACUGCUGGGCCCAGGGGACCGAGUGCUGCUCAUAGGCACGACGGAACAGCCGUACCUGGCAGACAUGAAGGGGCUGUGUCGGGCCUACGAGCGGAUCCUCUUUAUCUCGCGGCCUGAUUAUGCAUCUCGUUAUGUGCUGUGGAAGCACAUGAUCCAGGCCCAGGGCGUACGGGUCACCCAGAGCCUGGACAUCAGUGGGCUGGCCAGGGUGUCCGAUGGCUACACACCCAGUCACAUCUUACAAGUGAUCCAGACUGUGCUGACCGACCGUCGGCUCCUACAAGUGUCUAAACGGCCCCUGGUGGCCUCUGAGUUCGUGGAACAGCUGGGGAAGCUGGACCCAGUGUACAAAGAAGAGGAGGAAACUUUGAAGGACUGGUACUUCAAGACUCCGCUGGGCAAAAAGUAUAUGCAAUUUUUAAAGGACCGGAAGGCUGAGGAGGCCAGGCUGGCAAAGGAGAAGAAGAAAAAGGCUGAAGGCUGAGACCUGCGGAUGCCCCUGGGGCCUCCAGCCUGAAGGGGAGGGGCAGGGGCAUAAACACCAGACGAGCGUCUCAUCUGCCAUCUGUGCCUCCUCUGUCCCUCUCUGUGCUGCCUGCCUCGUGCACCUUCCUGCACUCCUUGCUCCUCUCACUCAAACGUCCCCAUCCCCCCACACGCCAUCUCCUUGGCACUUCCUUUGUAGGCGCUCCACCUCACUUGCUUCUCCACAAACUAAAAGAGGGAAAAUAGGAGAGGAAGGACCGGAGAGGGAAAAGAGAGGAGAGACAGUAAGGGUAAGAGAAAGGCAAGUCUACAAAUAACAGGCCCUACGUGGAACCCCAUGGUGCUGGCUCCCGGUGUGACCCGGACCAUACUCUCCUGGCCCUAUGCCUCACUUUCCUUACUUGUAAGGAAAGCUGAGUGAUCUCUAAGACCCUUCCUGUUUGGGAUCGGCUUCUGCUAGCUUUUGUAUCUGCAGAGGCAGAUGGUCACACCUGUAAUCCUAGAUCUGGGCUGGGAAGG